AUGUCUAAUCGCAAUUUUCGUCAAAUUUACUUUUACGAGUUCAAAGUGGGCCGGACUGCCGCUCAAACCGCUCGAAAUAUCAACGAAGAAUGGAGCCAGGGAAGUAUCAACGAAUUCACGGUACAACGUUGGUUCCAAAAGUUUCGUGCCGGCAACACCAGCCUCGAAGUCGAACCACAUGGCAGUCGAAGUGGCAGUCGUCCACCAAUACUUAAUAACGACUUAUUGAAGGCGACAGUCGAAGCUGAUCCACGCAAAACCACACGAGAUAUUGCCAAGGAGCUCAACUGUAGUGUGUCGUUCACACUACAGUUGUUCGCCAUUUGA